AUGAAACUGAACCAUACAGCCCGUACAUUCUUCCCAAAGGAAUACCUGUCUCGGAAGCAGAAUUUCCAGAAAGCGGGCUGUGCAAAAUGGCCUCUUCCGAGCUGCCGUAAACUGUUUCGAAUUUUUGGAGGCUUUGAAAGGCAGGCAAGUCCAAUCGGCAGACGGCAGUUCCCUCACGGGGGCUACCGGCUUGAUGCCUUCAACUUUGAGGAUGAUUCACAUGGCUGGCGAUUUGACAUGGACAUGGUGAUCAUCUACUCUGUCAACUGGGUCAUUGGUUUCAUUAUCUUCUGCUAUUUCUUCUUCCUCUCUUUUUAA